CUUCUUUCAAAAAGCUCCCAGAAAAAUCUUCUUCCCAAAAUACCCUCACUCCCUCUCUCAAUUUUCAAAUCCGAACCCUAACAGCCUCAGCAUGAACCAAUAUCACAUUUACGAAGCCAUUGGUCGUGGCAAAUAUUCGACUGUGUAUAAAGGAAGGAAGAAGAAGACGAUUGAGUAUUUCGCAAUCAAAAGCGUGGAGAAAUCACAGAGGAACAAAGUUCUUCAAGAAGUUAGGAUACUUCACUCUUUAAAUGAUCUGAAUAUACUAAAGUUUUACUCAUGGUACGAAACUUCUGCACAUUUAUGGUUAGUUUUGGAAUUCUGUACCGGUGGUGAUCUCAUGACCUUGUUACGGCAGGAUGGUAAGCUACCAGAAGAUUCAAUUCAUUUCUUGGCCUAUGAUCUUGUGAAAGCGUUGCAGUAUUUACAUUCAAAAGGAAUCAUUUACUGUGAUUUAAAACCAUCGAACAUACUUUUGGAUGAGAAUGGGCAUAUUAAGUUAUGUGACUUUGCACUUGCAAGAAAGUUGACUGAUAUAUCUAAAACGCCAUCUUCCAUGCUGCCACAAGCUAAACGUGGAACACCCUGUUAUAUGGCUCCUGAAUUGUUUGAGGAUGGAGGUGUCCAUUCUUAUGCAUCUGAUUUUUGGGCCCUAGGUUGUGUGCUAUACGAGUGUUAUGCAGGAAAGCCUCCAUUUGUUGGCAGGGAAUUCACUCAACUUGUAAAAUCCAUCAUCUCAGAUCCACCUCCUCCACUCCCAGGAAGUCCUAGCCCUUCUUUUGUCAAUAUUGUUAAUUCUCUUCUGAUUAAAGACCCUGCUGAGAGAAUAAAGUGGUCUGAGCUUUGCGUGCAUGCCUUUUGGAGGACUAAAUUUUCUCAAGUACCUUUACCCCCUCAGCCUGCAUUUGAAAGCAUGAUUGAGUUGUAUGCUAAACCAUGUCUCUCUGAGCGUAAUGGUGAUAGAUCUUCUCAAAGCAAAACCCCUCCUAAAAUUAGGGAAAAAGAUUCCAAAGGAGCUUCAAGGAAAGAUGAUAAUUCUCUUGUAGGUUCAAGAGCCCAUGAGACACCAAUUAAAGAUACUCCUGUUGGCCGUAAAACUCAAACAAAGGCUUCCGGUAGAGGAGUGGAGGAGAAGCAUAAGCGUGUGAACCUCAUGAGAUUAUCUAGAAUAGCCAAAACAAACCUACAGAAGGAGAAUGAGAAGGAAAAUUACCGGAGGCCCAUUCUGAAUAGCUCUGAGAAUGAAGCUGAAGUUAAAAUUGAGAACACUGAUAUGGAACUUGAUUUUGAUGAAAACACUGAAGAGGAAGUGAAUGAUGAUCCAGAAGGGUCAGAUGUCCCCGCUUGUACGACUGAAGAAAAAAUUUCAAGCCAGAAUCAGCAACAGCUCAAAGUAGAGGAUGGGGAUAAUAACAUUGAGCGAGCAGCCAUCCAAGAUGGGAGUGAUUUGCCUGCCUCAGAUCAGUCAAAAAUUUAUGAUCAAGAAUCAUCUUCAGAUCAUGUUGAAGUGGCUGCUACCCCCCCGAGUGUCAGUUCCCAGCAAAGAAACCAGAGAAUUAAGGAAAGUCCAGGGGUUGUCCUUGAGUCUGAUUGGUCAAAAAUAUCCAAUAAUAUCUCCCAAGUUCUCUGGCAUCCUUCUGAUCUUUCUGUAAGACCUGUAAUGCCAAGCAGAAAAGCUGAUAAAAUGUCAGAGGUACAUCCUUCACUACCAUUUGAGGCUAUGCAACCACCUGAUUUUGUAAGAGUGUCAAAAGAAAAAUUGGAUGCACUCAACAGUAGGAUCAUAGCAAUACUUGGUGGGAGUACUGGCAUUGGUGAGAAGCAAAGUGUGAUUAGAUACCUUGAGAUGCUUAGUAAUAACGCAGAUGCAGCCAAUAUCUUGACUAAUGGUCCAAUAAUGCUCAUGGUUGUCAAAAUGCUAAGGCAGUCCAAGACUUCAGCUUUGCGUGUACAACUUGCUUCUCUGAUCGGCUUGCUGAUCCGACAUUCUACUUUUAUCAAAGAGGACUUGGCGAAUUCAGGAAUUUUAGGUGCGCUUACUGAUGGUCUUAGAGACAGGCAAGAAAAAGUGAGAAGGUUUUCUAUGGCUGCUUUAGGUGAAUUACUGUUCUAUAUUUCCACUCUAAAUGAGCAAGCAAGAGAUAACAAUCCAUUUGAAUCACCAUCAAAAGACAACAAGCCUGUAUCUGGCUGGCAGGUCCCAAAUUCAUUGAUUUCAUUGGUGUCAUCAGUCUUACGUAAAGGAGAGGAUGACAUGACUCAGCUUUACGCGCUUAGGACAAUUGAAAACAUUUGCAGUCAAGGAGGAUAUUGGGCAGCUCGUUUUACCAGCCAGGAUGUAAUCAACAACCUGUGUUACAUUUAUAAGGCUGCCGGGAAGCAGGAGAGCAUGAGGCUAACUGCAGGGUCUUGUUUGGUCCGCCUUGUUCGUUUCAAUCCCCAUAUCAUUCAAUCAGUUACAGAUAAACUUUCACUCAAGGAUAUUGCAUCUGCUCUUGUCAAGGGCAGUCUGCGUGAGCAGCAAAUCAGCUUAAAUCUUCUAAAUGUGGUUAUGCUUGGAAGCCAUUCCUUCUCAAACAUAGGAAGGUACCUUCAACAGUUGGCAGAGGACAAGAAUCUGGUGCCUAAUCUUAUGUCUCUCAUUGAACAAGGAAGUGAAGUCUUGCGGGGCAAAGCACUUGUUUCGGUGGCUCUUCUUUGCAAGAAUGGUAAGAGAUGGUUACUGCAAUUCUUUUGCAAUUCAAGGUUACUCCCCACAGUGGACAGGUUGGCAAAAGAGAAGGAUAACUAUCUACAGCAGUGCCUAAAUUCAUUUCUCAAUGAAGUGGCAUCUACGGUUCCCACCUUAUUGGAUGGUAUAACCGGAGAUAUCCAGCAAAUGAUGGGAGGAAGACGACACGGGCAGAUCUCUGCCCUUACCAAUCGCGCUGCUCCGAAGAACAAUAUUCACUUGUUCCCUGUAGUUCUUCAUCUUCUCGAGAGCUCAUCGUUUAAGAACAGAUUGGUGACUCAUCAGGUCUUGCGGCAGUUGGCGAAUCUUAUCCAAGUUGUUGAGACACCAUUUCAGGGACGGGACGAUUUCCAAAUAACAUUGUUACGAGUUCUGGAAUCUAUACCUGAGGAAUCUCCCGUCAUUCUUGAAAGCUCUAAUAUUUUCAUUCAAGGAAUUCUCCCUAGCCUUGCUGUUCUUUACAAGGGAAACAAAGAUGGAAAUGCCAGAUUUUUGUGCCUGAAAAUCAUGUUCGAUGUGAUGAUGAUCUUCUUGAACGAACCAUCAUUAACCGAUCAAAGUUCAAAGGAUCUGAAAUUGGUCUCUAAUUCUCAUUUUCUUCCACUCUACCCCACCUUGAUUGAAGAUGAAGAUCCUAUUCCCAUGUAUGCACAGAAGCUUCUAGUGAUGCUAAUCGAGUUCGAUUAUAUCAAAAUCUCCGACAUUUUAUAUCCGAAAAUGGUCUCAAAAUGUUUCGGAUUUUUGCUUGGCGAUCUAACGAAUACAAAUGUAAACAAUGUCAAACUUUGUUUAGCAUUGGCUUCUGCUCCAGAGAUGGAUUCCAAGUUACUUUCGGAGCUAAAGGUGGUUCGAAAAAUCGGUAAUCUGUUGGAAUUCGUAAAUGCAAAGGACAUGGAAGACUUCCUUGAGCCAACUCUUGGCUUGUUCAAAGCUUUCCUUCUCCGCUCUAUCGGAAAUGGUUUUGUUUAUACGAAGGAACCCGCACCACUACUCGAUGGUUCGUUGCAGAAGGGUGGCUCGGUUGAUCAACAGCAAUGCAUUAGAGAUAUAAUGGACUUUGGAUGCAAUGUUGGAGUGUUGUUGGAGUUAAGUGCAUAUCCUGAACCACACAUUGCUGAUGUAGCCUCUGAAUGUGUUGUCUUGUUGCUCAAGGCAGCUCCGAGGGAAGCCACGAGCGGGUUCCUAACUAAUCUUUUGAAGGCCGGUUCGGUCCUUGAGUCGUGUCGGGGAAACGGAAAUUCUCACUUGCUCUUGAAGAGGUUACUGCACGCAAUUGGUUAUGCUUGUAGGCAGUACUUAUCGCAGGCUAUGAUAUUAACGAUAUCGGCAGCUGAGAUUACACGGAUUCAAUGCAUAAUUUCUGAGUUGAAAAGCUCAAGUAUACCUGGAUUGGCUAAUGUUACUUCCUUGGUUCUCUCGGAGUUGCAGCGGCUGCCGCGGUGCAUUUGAACUUCUUUUCAGGCAUUUUCGAUAGGCCAUGGAGGAUGUCUGAUGGAGCUCUGGUGUAGAUGAUCCAUGUUUGAGAGGUGAGUUUCUAUUGUUAAAGUCCAGCUUUUAUCAUGUAACUAUGUAAACCAUGCAUGCUUCUCAUCUUUAUCACAAUUGAUACAAGUAUCAUGUAUUCAAUUUAUCUUUAUCUUCAUUGCUUUCCUUUUAUCCAUUACUCAAACCGAUAGCAUGCAAGUGUGCAACUUCACCACCUUGUAUGGUAGUC